AUGGCCAUGAAGGGCAAGGGCUGCGUGGCCAUCGCCGCCGACCGGCGCUUCGGGAUCCAGGCGCAGACCGUCACCACCGACUUCCAGAAGAUCUUCCCCAUGGGAGAAAGGCUCUACAUCGGGCUGGCAGGGCUGGCCACCGACGUGCAGACGGUCGCCCAGAGGCUGAAGUUCAGGCUGAAUCUCUACGAGCUGAAGGAGGGAAGGCAGAUCAAGCCCCAGACUUUUAUGAGCAUGGUUUCCAACCUGCUCUACGAGAGACGGUUUGGCCCCUAUUACACAGAGCCCGUGAUUGCUGGGCUGGACCCCGUGACACACGAGCCCUUCAUCUGCUCCCUGGACCUCAUCGGCUGCCCCAUGGUCACCGACGACUUCGUGGUCAGCGGCACCUGCUCCGAGCAGAUGUACGGGAUGUGCGAGUCCCUCUGGGAGCCAGACAUGGAGCCCGACCACCUCUUCGAGACGAUCUCCCAGGCCAUGCUGAACGCCGUGGACAGAGAUGCCAUAUCUGGGAUGGGGGUGGUGGUUCACAUCAUAGAGAAAGACAAGAUCACCACGAGGACCCUGAAGGCUCGCAUGGACUAGCCCAGCACAGCUGCUCCCGUGUCACACCCGUCCUGGGACUUUUUUAAAAUAAACCUCUGGCUUGGAGUGAA